UUGCUAAGACCAAGUCUCUGUGCCUAGCCCGGACUUCUUCGUCGAUCAACUCUGUUGAUAUUCAUUUGUCAUAAAAAAAGGGUCUGACAUUGACACAGUCUCUAGUUCAAGAGUCAAUUAGAGAGACGUACAUAGACUACUUGUUUAUCGUCAUUUUUCUCACCCGAUUUUCACUGGAUUUUCUGUCCAGUUAUUCUAUUAUUUUAUUCCCCUACGGUUCCCUCUUGGAUUUACGAAGUGCAUGUUGGUGAUCUGAGUAUACCGGGAGUUUUUUUUCUCCUGUCCUUCGAUAUAUUUGAGGAAUGACUGCAACUAGAAAGGGACUGACAAUCACUUGAAUGGAAAAAAUGGAAUACAACGAUCUUGAGAAAGAAUUUGAGGAGAAACUGACAUUAACAGAUAAAUGUCUCCGCUCCACACCGCAGCCUUUAGCCAUCCAGAAUGAAGACAAGAAGAUAGUGAAGGAUCUUCUGACACCAGACGACUCAGACAUCUCAGACCUCUCCCCAGACACAGAGUCCUGUCCCAAAACAUACCCCUCCACAAAGACCGACCCCUCCACAAAGACCGACCCCUCCACAAAGACCGACCCCUCCACAAAGACCGACCCCUCCACAAAGACCGACCCCUCCACAAAGACAGACACCUUCACAAAGACCGACCCCUCCGCAAAGACCGACCCCUCCACAAAGACAGAUGCCAGACCUGGCACCCCUGGGUCUGGCACCAGCCCCCAUCCCAAAAAAGGAGAUGGGUUGACGUCAGAGCAACGACACAAGCUGGCUAAGGAGCGGAGGGAGGAGAGGGCCAAAUACAUUGAACAGCAAACUCAGCUGCAAGCGGCUAAGAAGGUCCAGUGGCUGGAGAAGGAGGAGAAGGCGAGGCGUCUGAGGGAAAGCCAGCUGGAGGAACGCAGGAGGAGGCUGGAGGACCAGAGACUGAAGCUUGAGAAACGCAGAGCCCUCCUGGAGGAAAAACAGAGGCAGAAACUAGAGAAGAACAAGGAGCGUUAUGAGGCGGCCAUCAAGAAGUCAACCAAAAAGACUUGGGCUGAGAUCCGACAGCAGAGAUGGUCCUGGGCCGGAGGCCUCAACCAGACCUCCCGCAGGCAAAGCAGAUGUUCGGCCUCCACUGUCAACUUGCCGAGACAGGUGGACCCUGUCAUUAACAACAGGCUGUCCUUGUCUUCUGCCACCCUCUGGAAGUCCCCCAACAGAACCCGCAGUCUGCGCCUGAGCCCGUGGGAGAGCCGUAUCGUGGAGCGGCUCAUGACCCCCACCCUGUCCUUCCUGGCCCGUAGCCGCAGCGCCGUGACCCUGCUCAACACUAGCGACUCCCGGGACCCCCACUCUCACCACUGCUCCCGUUCAGCCUCAGCCAGCCCCCUGGACGCCUGCUCCCACCACCACCCUCACCGGGACUCCUCCGAACGCUGGAGGGGAGGAGUGUCCGCCAGCACGCCCGAUAUCACACAGCGCCAACGCCGACGGAACUCAACGCUGAAGAAAGACAAGGAGAGGGAGAAUGAAAAAGAGAAAGUUCUGAAGAAGACCAGAUCCAGAUCCAGGCCUGAGUCCAGCAGUACCCCAAAACCCCAAAACAGACCUCCGUCGCCUGCGGCCCCCAAAAGCAGACCGUUGUCCCCCUGCCCUCCAAUGGCUCCCAAGACCCCCUCCACAGGCAAGAAGACCCCCGCAGGCACCAAGACUCGCCCCAAAAGAGCCCAGACCCCUGCCAGGGUACAGCCUCAGCCGGUCGCCGUGGAAACUAACAGCGAGCCCCAUCAGCCAGACACUCCUGAGGAGACAAAGAGCUCCAGUAAAGUUCCUGCUAUAACGGUGUCUUCGGCGCCGGUGACACACCACUCUCUUAGUGCACCAGUGGCUGCCUCUACCCCUACAUCCACCCUAGAGCCGACUGCCUCUGCUGCCUCAACUCCCUCAACUGCCCCAACUACCCCAUCUGUCCCGGCUGCCUCCGCUGCCUCAUCUGCCCCGGCUGCCCCAUCUACUCCUGCCACUCCGGCUUCCAGGCCCUCAGCCGGCACCAACGACCCAGAGGAAGCAGCUCGAGUCCUGGCUGAGAAACGCAGACAGGCCCGGGAGCAACGGGAGAGAGAGGAGCAGGAGCGCCUGGAGCAGGAGCAGAGGAUACGGAUUGCUCGUGAGGAGGGCAUGGCUCGGGAGGCGGAGGAGAGGAGGCGCAGGGAGGAGGAGGCACGCCUCAUGGCAAAGGAGCAGCUUCUGAGAGACGAGGCCCAGCACCUGGAGGAGGAGAAGGAGGCACAGGAGAAAGCCAAGGCGGAACAGGAGGAGACCCAACGCCUGCAGAAACAGAGGGAAGAGGCCGAGGUCAAAGCUCGUGAGGAGGCAGAGCGUCAGCGCCUGGAGAGAGAGAAUCACUUCCAAAAGGAGGAACAGGCACGCCUGGAGAGAAAGAAGCGCCUUGAGGAAAUCAUGAAGAGAACUCGCAAGAGUAGUGAUGCUGGAGAAAAGGUGAUUCAUCCUUCACUGCCGAAGGAGUCCAAUUCCCCAGCACAGGUCAAUGGCAAGGAUACUAUGAAGAAUGGGAAAGCUCCUGAGAGCCAGCAGAGUGAAGCAGAAUCCAGCCCUGUGCUGAAUGUUGUCCGGCCAGCCAUGCACCAGAACGGCCUCUCAGCCAAGGGGAAGGCAGCUGACUUUGAGCAGAUCAUCCAGCUAUCCAAUCACAGCGGGAGCAGCAACGGUGGGCCGGGAAAACCGGGGAGUGGCAUCGUCAGUGACCCAAUCCUGGCCUUCGAGGGAGGAGAUCCCUUCCUAAUGAAAACAGGUGUCAUUAAGCCUCAGCAUGCUGCAGGUAGCUAUGCAGAAGUUCUUUGAGACACCAGGCUUCCAUUGAGACGCUUUACGCCACCGGUUGAUCUAGUUGAUUUGUGCCACACACCGCAACAGCUUAAAAAGGAAGUGUGCCAAACAAAGAAACAAACUAUGAACUAAACUUUUAAAUCACUAAAAAUGUAUAAUGCCACAGAGGUCAAGAGGGAGGAAGAAAACUCUGCAAAGAAAAAACUGAAUGAAAAAAUAGAAAUAUCAUCUGUAUUCUCUGCAUGUUUUGGUUGCAACAUACAUUGAGUUUUGUUGAAAAUGUCAAAUACCGAUUUUAUGGUGCACCUUAAACGACUGACAAUGUAAUAUGAGGAAUUUUAGAGAGUUGUAAGACCUGGAAAUAUACAAUAUUUGACUAAGGUUGUUGUUAUUAUUAUUGUUGUUGUUGUUAUGCUAUUGCUGUUGUUAUCUUAAGUUGAACAAAGUGUGUGAAUCAUUGAGUUAUUUAACUAGGGGAGGGAACAGUGUGGGGAUGGUGACAUGGGGAGCUGUGGGAUAAAGCUUUAUGAAAAGAU